CGGCUCUGCAUGGGCUAUGCAUAUAACCCAGCUUAAUCGGGAAUGUCUGUUGCACCUAUUUUCUUUCCUGGACAAAAACAGUAGAAAGAGUUUAGCCCAGACAUGUCACAAAUUGCUAGAAGUGUUUCAGGAUCCUUUUCUGUGGCCUGUACUGAAUUUCCAUUCUCCUGUGGAACUAAAGAAGGAUAAUUUUCUCUUGGGACCAGCUUUAAGGUACCUGUCCAUCUGCUGGCAUUCAAGCAGAGUCAAGGUGUGUAACAUUGAGGACUGGAUGAAAAACACAUUCCAGAAAGACAUCUGUCGUAAGCAUGAAAAUGCUGUCAAUGAUUUUUUAAUACAAGUCUGCAACAGGUGCCCAAACUUGCUGUCCCUGACCCUUUCUGGAUGUGGCCAUGUCACAGAUGAUUACCUGUUGUUGCUUCUCAAGAGCUGCCCAAACCUCAAGAUACUGAAACUGGAAAACUGUGUGCGGAUCACUGACCGGACUCUGGAAGCUGUGACCCUCUAUGGGGGCUCUUUACAAACCCUCCAUGUGGAUUUCUGCCGGAACAUAACUCAGGCUGGUCUGGAGACAGUCCAGGAAAAAUGUCCUUCAGUAAUGCUGAAAGCAGAGAGAAGUGCAGACAUGAUUCCAGACAACGAACCAGGGGAAAAAUUGAUGCUUGAAAGAGCAGUGAGAAAACUGGUACUGUACUAAGAGGGACCGAUUCCAGAAAUUCAAUAUAUGUGAAGAGAGACUGACAUUUUGAGGUUCC